AUGGCGUUUGCUGCAAGGUUGGGCUCUCUCACUGGAGAACUCGUUGAAGCGGUGACUGGUUCAUCAGCCCAGACAAACCCUCGAUACAAGACCCUGUACAACUUCAGUUUACAAAGACUGAAAUCACACCCAUAUCUACGAACAAACCAAUUCGAGGUCGAGCACCAACUUAACGGUCUAGAAGAGCGAUUCCGUGUCAAUGGCCGAGAGGCCCUUGCUGAUGCCCUCGCCGAACGUCGGGAGCAGCUUCUCGAAAAACCUGAUAAAUUCCAUCCCGAGAUACUUUACUUGAUACUAGAGCUCUCAGACCAGCCGACCUACUAUGCAAAACUAAGUGAUCUAGAUGCGCUCAGAACAGGACCCAAAGACUCGGAGCUUGAGCUGCGCUGGGAGGAUAUCGCAAAAGAAGAUGGAUGGGAUGAGGAUGAUGAUGAAGCUGCAAUAUGGAAAACGAUCAAAUACACCGAUAGUUCAGACGAUGAGCUGUACCAAGAGGGGUCCAAGAGUGAAUCGGAGGCUAGCACCGACCCAUCAGAAGUACCAGCACUUGGACGAACAGCCGAAGAUCUUAUUAUCCAUCCUGAGGAUGUCGAACAGCUCAACGAAAUUCGGGAGGCGCAAGAAUGGCGGAUCGAAAAGCCUACAGAUGCAUCGGGGCAUGCCCGAAAAGUGCCAGUCACAGAGUUCCACAUCGUGCGAGAAGUUUUGUUCAUGUUACAAGGACUCAAAACAACUCUUUUUGGACCCAAUGGAGUCGUCGAUCCCGCAUUUCAAAUAGCCCAUCUGAAAUGGGAUACCCAUAGAACCCUUCUUAGCUACUUCUCCGAGGCCGGCCGCCAACUGGCCAUCCUACGCAGCUUCGUCGACAAGCCACAGCGUGCUUCACAUCUCCAAGUAUUUCAGGAUACAGUGGCUAAGCGCCUUGCCGAAUUCGAAAAGAAAACAACAGCAAUAGAGUCUCGGCUUGUUGCACCCGGGAACAAUGUGGUAGUGAGCUUGCUGUCCGUCAAAGGAGAAUUAUCUACCUCGCUUGAACCGCUGUACUCGCUUUCCAAUAUUAUCGCUAAGGUACAGAAUAUCCCGAACCAAGGAACCUUUCGGUACCUUGAACUUUUGUUUGACGAUGCUAGCAUGGCUCAACUAUCUGGCAAGCUAGACAUUUAUGAGUUUCUAGCACGCAUUUUCGUUGAAUGCUUCAAUGUCUACCUUCGGCCCAUUCGCUUGUGGAUGGAGGAGGGCAAGCUUAUCCCCAGCGAUAAGAUCUUUUUCGUUUCAGAAGCACCGAGUCAAGUAUCUCCCAGCAAGAUUUGGCGUGAACAGUUCAGGCUUCGUCGGACGACUGAUGGGAGGCUACAUGCUCCUAACUUCCUCCAGCCAGCAGCAGCCAAGAUUUUCAACGCUGGCAAGAACAUCGUCAUUCUCAAACGGCUGGGUCGUUGGGUCUCUUCGGGCUCGGAGUGGGCGGUGCAGGAACCUCCACUCAACUAUGAGACUCUCUGUCCCAAGGGAUUAGAGCUUGCACCCUUUUCAGAGCUCUUUGGCACUGCGUUUGACGGAUGGUUACAAACCAAGUACAAUACAACCUCAACUACGUUAAGAAAUACUCUCUUUGAAGAAUGCGGGCUCUGGUCUGCCCUCGAAGCCAUGGAGUGUUUGUACUUCAUGUCCGAUGGAGCCGCAACAGAAGCCUGGACCAGCAGCCUUUUUGGAAAGCUGGACACGCUGGAUACUAACUGGCAUAAUCGUUAUACUCUUACUAGUGUGGCACAAGAAGCAUUCACGUCCCUUGUUGAUACGACAAGAGUGUCCAUAUUCAUCAAGCCUACAGGUCUUCGGAUACCUGUUCUUGCAGCGCGGGAUUCUGUCAAGGUGGCUCUGCCAAGCACAAGAGUCAAUUAUCGGUUGACCUGGCCGAUUCGCAUGAUUAUAUCCGAAGAUAGCAACGCACAAUACGAUACCAUCUUUGUAUUGCUCUUGCAGCUAAAAAGAGCCUUGCACAUCCUACAGAAACGCAAGAUUCUCGACAAUGACUGGGCUGAUAACGAAAACUGGGAUGAACGAGCACUCUACUAUUCUUUGCGAAACAAUCUCCUCUGGUUCUGCACCACGCUUCAGACUUAUUUUGCUACACUGGUAUUGUCGCCCAAUUGUGCUAAGAUGAGACAGAACAUGCGCGAAGCGCACGAUGUAGAUGCCAUGAUAUCUGUUCAUUCUGCAUUUUUGAAACAUGUCGUUGACGAGGCAUGCCUUGGGAGUAGACUAACCCCCAUAAGAGAAUGCUUCCUCGACAUGCUUGAUUUGGCGAUCAGACUUGAACAAGCACAAACCGUCAACGUAACAAAAGAGUCAGAGCGUAUACAACAUGUCUCUCGUCUUUCAACUAGAAAUCUCUCGCCUACACCCGGAACACCUGGGCUGAAAUCAAGAUACGUUGUCGAUAGUAGCGACGAAGAGGAUGAGGCCAUGCAUGAGUCAAAAACUUUGAAGAUGGGGAAACCGUUUAUGACUGUACUGAAGGAAAUCAAGUCUGACUUUGAUAGACAUCUGCGGUUUGCAUGCGGUGGUCUGCGUAGUGUCGCCAGAGCUACAAGCGACGUGCAAUCAGCAAAAUGGGACAUACUAGCUGAGAUGUUGCAGACAGGUUGCCGAGACAAAAACGCAGGGUUUGCUUAA